GGAAGCACCGAACAGCGACGCCAGAUACUCAGAUAUAGCGCGAGACGGCUGCCUGAAUUUUCUGGUUAUCAUUGCUGGCAUCGGGUCGGGUUUGGGCGCUGAGAAACCGACGGUAAAAGGGAAGAGAAUCUCGAUCACUUGCCGGCGUUUUGUCAUCUGAAGUUCAUUUGACAUCACUUGAUUAGAAACAGAACAGCGAUGCAAGCAGUAGUUCUGAAUACGCCGUCAUACUGCAGGACCCAACAGGCCCUAGAAUCGCCUUCUUGUUCUCGUUCCUCAAAGGGUACAAGCUUUUUUGGCAACCAUGUCUACCUAAAAAACAGAGGUUUUCCGGUGCGGCAGAGUUUGUGGCGCUCUGGCCGUGUUCGUCUGACACAUGGGAAACGACGGCUUGUAGUGAAGGCUGUUGCUACUCCGGAUCCAGCUGUGGAAUUGCCAAUAACUGCUGAUAACGUAGAAGCUGUGCUGGAUGAAGUUCGUCCGUAUCUAAUUUCUGAUGGGGGGAAUGUGGCUUUGCAUGAAAUUGAUGGCAAUGUUGUAAGGUUGAAGCUACAAGGAGCUUGCGGCUCCUGUCCUGCAUCUGUUACUACUAUGAAACUGGGUAUUGAGCGUCGUCUAAUGGAAAAGAUCCCUGAAAUAGUGGCAGUAGAACAAGUAGCUGAUGAAGAAACUGGCCUUGAGCUAAAUGAAGAAAAUAUUGAGAAGGCGUUGGAGGAAAUAAGGCCGUACCUGGUUGGAGCAGCUCAUGGGACUCUUGAGCUGGUAGCCAUUGAAGAGCCAAUUGUGAAGGUCCGGAUCACAGGUCCAGCUGCUGGUGUUAUGACUGUGCGUGUUGCUGUUACACAAAAAUUGCGAGAAAAAAUACCUACCAUUGCCGCGGUUCAGCUUUUGUCUUGAUCCUAUGAUGAUAAUUGUAAUUGUUUGGGGACAAGACGCACAAAUGAGACGUCCCAAAUUUCAACUUCAUAUUUGUAUAGUAUUUAUAUAGCUGCAGGAUGAAAUAUUUCUUGGAUAAAUUCAAUACUCAAAUGCUUUCACGAGAAAUGGAAUAAAGGGUUCGUUAUUAGAGCGAAA